AUGUCGAUAGGUAUGGAUGUAAAGUUUACACGGUAUGUGAGUCCGUUUUCUGGGCGCGAGGUCCGACAGAUGCGCGUCGGGAAAGGCGUCACAUCGCCGUUCCGCCAAAUAGCCGAUGCAAUUCGAGCCUCGCGCCCAUACGACCGCAUUGAGGUGGAGAACGGCAAGUAUUUCGAGGCGCUUACGAUCAAUCACCCACUGGAGCUAUGCAGCGCAAAAGAUGGAGAGCCACCUGUUAUUAUAUCACGUGGUCCGUGCUUGAAGAUCAAUACGGAUGGUCCAGUGCUCGUGCAGAGUAUGUCCAUCAUCGCAAAGGGCACCAAGGCGUCUGACAGUCAGGGUAUAUUAAUUGAGCGUGGCAAACCGCUCAUACAAGACUGUGAGAUUUCCUCUGUGCACGUCACCAACGAUGCCACACCACAGAUAAGGCACUGCCAUAUAUGCAACUCAGAGUAUGGAUUUGGGCUCUCCAUCACCGGCAGAAGUGGUGGUGUCUACGAACACAAUGAUAUUAGUUUCCACAAUGCAGAGUGUGUGCACAUCAAUACUACUGGAAGCCCAGACAUUCACCACAACCGUAUCACUCAAAAAAAAGGCAAGCACAGCAUGGUAGUGACAAUCAGCGGGCGGCUUCUCGAUUAUUGUGAGCCGGUUUUUCGUGAAAAUAUCGUCCGUGGCGGAGGGGAGACAGCGAACGAGGACGAAAUCGAUCCCGAAUCAGUGCACUCGACACAAAUGCUACUUGAGGAUACCUCCAGCGCAUGGGCAUGCCUUGUGUGUACCACGGAUGGGGCGACUCCACUUCUCAUGGGCAAUCUUCUAUGCAACGGUCUCACUGGUUUCUACUUCAAGGGGUGUAAUAUACCCCCAGAACGAUUCUGUGGCAAUCGAGUUAUUAACUGUGCAGCGUGGGGCGUCGCUAUCGGGGAGGCAACGUCUUUGUUUGCCAAGGGUAACGACAUUCAGCGCUGUGGUGGCGGCAUCCACGUCUGCCCGACUGCUACCAGCAGCCGUGGUGAGGUGAAGUCUCCUCGUGUGACGCUGACAAAGUGUGAUUUUCUGAGGAACUUUCAUUAUGGCAUGCUUAUUGACCGUUCUAUUGUCGCUGUUGACGGGUGCAAUGUGUCAGAAUGUUCAGUAGGCAUUGCUUUUCUCGGAAACUGUGCAGCGAGCAUCAUCACACAUAACACUUUUACCCGAAACCACGUCGCGGCAUUCUCUGUCAUGCGCCACGGCGUUGCUGUCAUUGAAAACAAUACUGUCCGCGGGUGUGGCAGCAGCAUGUAUGGUGCCUUUGUGCAGGAGGGUUCUAGUCUAACCUUGCGGUCAAACCGUAUUGGUGGAACCUCCACCAGUGUCUAUGUGCGUGACGGGAGUCGUCUUGUUGCUGAAAAAAACACGCUCCAGGAGUCUUCGGUACACCAUGUGGUCCUUGUGGAAGCAAGCAAAGCCACGCUGCAGGAAAACACUAUCGAAGGCAGUGCAUGUGCAUCUGUGGUGGUUACGAACCGCAGUGAGUGCAUUGUGCGUGGCAACGUGAUGUACUCCAGUUUCCAGGAGGGCGUGUUGGUGGAGGACGGGGGCAAUGUUACUUUAGAGCGGAAUAGCAUGAGCUCAAUGGCGGAAGCAAUUUACGUGAAAACUGGUGGUUCUGUGCACGCCGAGGAGAACGAUGUGACGCUCAGUCAAUACGGUGUGGUUGUGGAGGGGCGUGGAAGCAAAUGUACGGUUUUGUGUAAUCGAUUCCGAAGCAUCUCUACAAUAGCUGUGUACGCCCUCGGGGACGCCACCGUCACCAUCAAGGAAAACACACUAACGGAUUCCUCGGGUUUGGGUAUUCAAGUGGCCUCGGGUGCUGAGGCCCUCGUUGAGAAAAAUACUAUCACCAACUUUAGCGAUGGUGCCGUUCACUUUGAUGGUCUCAGGACUCUGUGCCGAGUUUUCCAAUGCCGCAUGGAGAAUGUUGGAUAUGGUGUCUGGUGUACGCGACGUUCCACUGGCACUGUUGAAGGUAAUCAUGUACGCACAUGCAAGCGGUUUGGCGUAGCGUGUGAGUCGGCUGAGGAUGUUGCUGUUCACGACAACAACAUUACCGGUGCUGGUACCGGGAUCAUGCUCUCAGCCAGUGGUGAUAUACAUGAUAAUGUUAUUGAGGAAAGCGAAGUCGGUAUCUCGGCUUGUACAGGUUCUGUUGCGAAGGUGAAGAACCAUCGCAUCGCAAACUGCAACGUGGGCGUGUCUCUAGAAGGUGGUGCAUCUAUCAGCUUGUCUGAUGUCACCAUUCAAGGGUCUCAAAGGUUUGGCGUGGUGGUUGAUGGUCCUGCAGCUGAUUCAAAAGUGAGUGAUGCAACCAUCGAGGGCUGCAAGGUGGCGGGUGUGCUCGUUAGAAAAGGUGGCGGGUGUCGUUUUGAUCGUUGCGUCGUAAAGCACAGCAAAGAGGAUGGCAUUCGUCUAGAGGAGGCGGGCGCGGUUGUGUUUGAGCAGUGCACCAUCGUCGAGCACUGUCACGGGGUCACUACGACUGGCGGUUCGCAUCGUGCAGGAGAGCCCCUCUUGGUAAACUGCUCCAUCGACGGAAGCCACAGCGAGGCGGGUGUGCUCAGCACUGACGGUGGCGUCGUACGGCUCGAGCGGUGCAAAAUUAGCGCACGGUGCCCGCAGAAGGGGAGCGGCGCCAUUGUGCAUGAGAAUGGGGUUGUGGUGCUGUCGCACUGUGACGUCACGGAGUGCACAAACACUGGCGUCGUCGCCUCGCCAGGAUCACGGGCAGUCGUCGAGCACACGACUAUUGACAACUGCGGGAUCGGUAUCACUUUCACAUCACCAGAAGAGGAAAAAGACGAUUCACGGCAGCUGCACGAGGAGAAGGUGAAGGAAGAGGAGCAUCACAAGAGCGACCAAAAACUGGCCAACAGUAGCACUACAAGAAGCAUUAGCUGUCUCCAGGGGAGUAGCAGCACAAGCAUUCCUUCGGUAUUCACGCAGAUGAUGAUCAGAGGAUGNACUGAGGCUGGCAUCUGGUACAAACCCGGAAGCAAUGGCGCAGUGACCUGCACAACAGUUGAGGAGUGUGCCACAGGCGUCUUUGUGGAGCGCGAGAGUUAUGUAACGCUUCAUACAACAGUUGUAAACGCCUCCCCUGGAUGCGGCAUCGUGUUGCUUGGCCCACCCUCAAGCGGCUCCGAAUUAGUUCACCUAACUAUCAGUAAUUCAGGGGAAUACGGUUUGAAAGUGGAGCGAGGUGUCGAUGUUCUUCACGACGAUGAUGAAAGCAACAAAACCGGCGAAAGCAACGACAGCAAGAGUAACACCACUGACGACGGGAAGAAGCUACUGAGAAUUAAAAAUACCGAGAUAAUUCGAAAUGUCAAGGGCGGUGUACUGCUGGAGGCGUGUGUGUGUCUAGAUGGGUGCACGAUCAGCCAAAAUAGCAACGUAGGUGUGGUGUGUCAAGGCGUGUGCCGUCCAUUGCUUUCAGGCUGCCACUUGCAUGAAAAUGAGGGGGUGAGCGUUGAGGCGCAGACCGGCUCUAUGUUGGAGCUACGUGACUGUGUUUUGGAAGAUGCCCCUGUUGGCGUGCGUGUGCAGUCGGUUUUGAAGAUGGCACGAUGCAUUGCACGGCACCUUGGUGUCGCCGUCGAUUUCCGCUUAGAUGAUGUGUCAGUGGAUAACUCAACGUUGUGCGAGUGUGCCUUCUCCGGCAACACAGUGGGUGUGUCCUGCACCAGCACAUCGGACGGUGCUGCAGUGGGGGCGAUUAUCCUGGAAAGGUGUAUGUUUAACGAGAACCCGGGGACAAGUGUCUGCAUUGAGAAGGGCCCACGGGCGUUACUGAACGCCUGCACAUUCGAGUCAUCCACCGAUGGCGUGAAGGCGAUGGAUAAAGCAAUCGUAGUUGUUGAGGCUUGCACCUUUAAAGUGAACUCCAAUGCCAUCAGUAUGUCAGACGUGGAGGAUGUGGAAGUGAAAAACUCUGCCUUCGCUAGACAGCUGAAUUAUGCGAUUAGUGUCGUUGGCAACAGUGGUUUAGUUCGUAUUACUGAUAACACCUUCAGCGAGAACGGUCAAUGCAGUGCUUCUUUUUCUGCGGAGGGGGCGAGCAUCUUGGCAAGCGGCAAUAUGUUCGAGGGUGACGCUUGCGGCAUGCUUAUUCACAGGACCCCGCAGGCACACAUCUACAACAAUCACUUCCAUGCCUGUCAAAAUGGUGUCAUUAUACGUGGUGCUGGGUCCUGUGGAGACGUUUUUAGCAACACGUUUCAGAAAAAUGUCUGCGGGUGUCUCUGUGAACAGGAUGCCUUUGCUCAGUUAUGGCGCAACGUGUUUGAAGAAAACAGUGAAUUCGGGAUGUGUUGUACUAGCGGAGCAAAUCCGAUCGUUGUGGAAAACACCUUUUCUCGGCACACUGCCAGCAGCAGUUCCGGUUUGAGAGUUCAGGAUGGAGGGGUAGGUCACUAUGCCUUUAACCAGUACGUGAAGAACGCGUGUGGUGUGCAUUUGGGGGCGACGGGCGACACCGUUGUUGUUAAUAACAGCGCUUUUGAAGGGAAUAGUAUGGCCGUACAGCUGAUGGAAGGCGUUGCGGCGCACAUCCUGGUGUGCACCUUCUCUGGCAGCACUUUGGGCGACGUCCAUGCAUCUGGAUCAAUCGAGCAGGGUCGUUGUGUGUUGGCGUACAACAGCUUCACGUCCAAAGGCUGCGCAGCGGUCACAGUGUGCAGGGACGCCGCGGUUGUUGUUUUUCGCUGUGUCUUUCUGGGCGCUAACAGCAAGGGACUGGUUCAGGGUUGCCGCGGCAGGAGUCAGGUGUUGGAGUCUCUGUUCUACCAAAUUGCCUAUGGUGUCGUGGCGCAGGAGAGCAGCGAAGGCAGUGUGGGAAGAAGCAUAUUCAUCCGCUGCGCAACAUCCGUGGAGGCCUGCGCACGAACAACGAUACGCCUUAACUCCUGCAAUUUCCUCGCCAAGUCAAAUAGUGUGGCAGUGUUGGUCCAUGGCGAAGCCGCGCCAGUUUUCCAGCAAUGUAGCUUUGUGGGGUGCCAGAUGACCCAUCCGCUCCUGCGUUCAAGCGGUGGUGGCGGCGUCGUGGAAAACUCUUCCUUCACCGGUGGAGAUGUCUCUGUGAUACUGGAGGGGCACUCCACAAUGAAGUUGCAUAAGAACACGUUUUUCAAGGGUGCUGUCGGUGUGACACUCGCCCCUUUGUCUAAGGGAAGGGUGGAGGAUAAUGUCUUUCAUCCGCACCAUGUGGCAGCAGUGAAAAUCAUGGACAACGCCGGUGGUGUGUUGACAGGCAACGCGUUUGUGCAACCCCUGGAGAGCGGCGGCAUGAUGGCAGGGAUGCACAACGUGAUUGUGGAAAAUUGUAAGACCCUCGAAAUGCCCAAAGCACGGGCUUCGAAAGAGACAGCCGAUGACUCAAGCUUCGAAGAGGCAAUACUCACUGCAUUUGUAGAGUACUUGACAGCGGGACCACACUGGGUGAGACAAGGCAUGGGUGAGACGCCGCAUGCCGAGACGCUGCCUCUGUCAGUCGUGGCGGCUAUGAAUGAGCUGGAAGCGGACGCAAUGGAUGAGGAACAGGAAACGGGGAACGAGGUGGGGAGAACAACAGAAGAAAUGGAAGAAAAUUUGUCAUCUGGAAAUAGCAAGCCAAAACAGCAACAAGAAGAAGACCAGCAGCAGCAGAGGCAUGGAGCUGGGCCCACAACUGCGAAAAAAGGCCGAAAGAAGAAGGAAGUUGAAGUGUUCUCCUUCCCUGUCAGCAACACCAUUCUCCGCGUGCCGAAGAACGUUCAGCGCGCGUUGUUGGCGUGGGUGGACCAGCAUGGCAUCACCUUGAACGUGGAGGAAGUAAAACAGCCUACUGCGACCAAAAAAGUAUACCAGGUGUGUGACACACGGAUGCUAAAAAAUGUUGGUGAGCGCAUGUCCGCUCUGAAAGAAACCCAGCGUGGAAAGAAGCGAGGCAACUUUGUCGGCUCUGAUCCAGAGGAAGUCAGAGGGGCAGACACGUUCAAGGAGGACACUACGAGCGGAGAGGCAAUUGCUGGCGACGCGCCGAGCGAGCCCAAGGAGGGGACGAGGAAGCCAAGUGUGGAUGUGAAGCUGGACUCGACGCGGUCCACUGAAGCAUCGGAGACAGCGCUGUGCCCGCGACUCAGUAGAACUAGGAGCGGCAUUGGGGGCAGCGGAAGAAGUGGGGCGAAGGAGGAGGGGCGGAAGCGGCGCCGCGUUCUUCCGCCGCCGUUAAGGAGCACGGACAAGAGGGCGCAUCCAAGCCACUCGCCACACAGCGGUCCGCUCGUAACACUUGUAAGCUGCCUCCAUAAAUGCGGGGUCGAAAAACGACGCCGCAGGCAAAGAAAGAAAAUAGCCGAAGAGUCCCCUUUGGCAUAUGAAGAUGUGGCGUCGGCGCUGAUGAUGCUGCAAAGCAGAGAUGAUCAGUUCUCCUCUUCGUCAUAUGGUGAUGGCAGAAGAGCUAGGAGUGAGUACGACGAAUUCUCCCAUUGCAGUAUUCUGGCUUCUAGUCGGGGCUCGACUAUGGGGAAGAAAGGAGUCAGUCUGUCAAGUAGCCGCCAGCGUUCGCUAGCGCACACGGAAGACGAGACAAACGAUGGCGAAGGCGUCAAGUGUAGAAAUGAUCACUCGAUGUCCAGCUGGAGCUGCUCGCCCAUCUCUACUAGUGGAAGAGAUAUGGCGAAGGCGAGAGGAUUUGGUGAUUUUACAGAGGGUAGGGAAGAGGAGGGGGGUGAGGGAAUUCAAUCAGGAAACGCUGGCAGUAGGGAAGGAUUCCUGCUCACGGGUUCGCUCAUGGAGAGCGUCACACGGGAGACAGAUGGCUCUCCUAGCAGAAUUCGUCUCUCAAGCAAGAUCCCCUAUUGUGGUGAGGCGAAGACGGUUUCGGUGGUGGUCGCAGAGGGAAAUAAUGUCGCUGGUGUGGCACGAAGCAAUGAACGUGCAGGCAAGGAAAGUCUUUCCCCUGACACUCUCCUAGAAGGUGAUCUGGAAACACCGAUCGAUAUCGGGGAAACAAUGCGCAUGGGGUUGGAGAAAAAAAGGCAAUCAAAGCGAGACACCAAGCUGGCUCUAGAAGGGAACGAGAAAAAGGAUGCAGCAUCAUUGCUCAAGGGCCAGCAGGCUGCCAGUGGUGGCCUCCGAUCUUCACUCAAGGCAACGAAACGCAGAGUCGACGGUUUCAGCAGCACUGUUACCGCAUCUGGAAUAUUUUCCGAGACCAAUUCAUUAGUCAGAAGCACAUCAACUUCUUUAGGGGAUCACUGUGCCUUCCCCACGACGGAUUCGGUGGAAGAAGUGGUACCAACGAAACAUCAAGGAAGCGCAGAAGCUGUGAACGCUGCUAAAACAGGACGGAGCGUGGAGUCAGAAGCGGCGGCGGCGGCAGCAGCAGCGCACCCAGGGUUGAAGAAGAGGACCACCGAAGAUAAUCCACUGCAUUCUGGAUUGGCACAACAAGACGUUACGGCAGCGACUGGUCAGGAAGGGAAAGGUACUCUGUCGGCUACGAUUGACGCAGGGAGAGUGGAGGAUGAAGGUCGGCAUUCCACGCAGCGAGGCGUGACACCGGUCUCAGGUUCCAACCGACCCACGCAUGGUGACAGUGGCCGAGAGACGCGCGCAACCACUGGUACUCCUGGUGGUGGGCGGAGACGGCGGCUAGUGGGGGGCGAGGAUGGUGGGAGAGUCUCUCGCCGUGGGCCUUCCAGUGCAGCAGGGGGUCCCUUAUCGCAUCAGCGGCCCCUGACACCCGCCAUGGACACUUCGAAGGCUGGGCGUCGCAAGCGGACGGGGGGGCCACACGCAGCGUCGGGGGGCUCCCAGGAGCAGGUAGGCGGCGGCAGUGUUAUGCGUCUGCCCAAGCUGACUCUGUCGUCGUUGCAUGGGUCCCAGGUAAUGACCAUGGGUGGCGAUGGUGGUGACAUCGCCUGGGUUCCUGCAGUUCCCCCACUUUCUGAAAUGGGCCGCGCGUUGCUUGAAGCGCUCGAGGGCAACGUGUUCCACAAUGAUUCUUUACUGCAGGCGCAUCUGCAGACCGCGAUGAUGGGGCCGAGUCGAGGAGUGACACCCGCUUCUGCAGUCUCCGGUGCCAGGACGCUGACGUCGACCCCGCUGCUGGAGGGCUGGAGCAUCUCAGACAGCGAGUCAGAGGCGGAGGUGGAGGAUAUCAUCGCUCUGCUUCGGUGGCUCGCUGACAUGCGUGAGCAGAAGUUGCUGAGUCAGGGUGACUUCCGCGUGGCUGUCAACUGCAUCCAGACAAAUACAAAGAUCCCCUUCUUUCUUUCCGAGGGCAGUGGCACAGGAGGGGAGCCAACGUUGAUGGUGCGUCUGCCGCAAUCCUCAGAAGAAGCUGUUAUCGUGCCGCUGAUGGGUGGACCGGUCGGUAUGACGCUGUUCACACGACCCACGGAAGGGCAGGGCACUGUCAGCGUCAGCAGGGUGCAGCUCCACAGAGCAAGCUUGGGUGCCCCGGUGUGUACCAAUGACAUGGGUGAGGAGUUUAAGGCGUUUUCUUUGCCAUGCCUCGAUCACCGAAGUGAUAGGACGAAAGCUGUUAAUGCUGGGAGCCUUUUGGACACAGUUUCGCACCAACAGGUAGACAAGCCAGCGCUCUUCUUCGCCCAUGCCAAACUGCCUCGCACUCACUUUCAGGGACGUAGAGAACUGCCGGGUGUGCUGGAAUCCGCUUUUAAGGCGCGACCGUGGCCGCGAUCGGCUCUCCACUCUGUUGUUCUCUUAAAUGGGCUAGACAAACAACUAGUGGAGGUCAAUUCAUCAAAUGUGAAAUCAUUGGACGCAAUGGGCAUGCAACAAUCCUCUGUUUUCUCCACUUGUGAAAAGGCCUCUCGAAAAAGCGUGCCUUGCUUCAACCCCGCAGCCCCGCAGGAAACAUCGCCCUACAACAAGUCAACUCGAGUAGCCGCUUUUAUUGACACAGGCACGUCGAACUUUAUGAUGUAA